UUGAACGGCUGAUCAACAUUUCUGAUAACUUAUCAUAAUCCGAAUCAAAAUCGGUUACAGCCCCUUCCUCACCCUGCCAAUGGAGCCGGAGAUCAGGCCGCAUGUUUUAAUCAUUGAACCCUUCUAUGGAGGCAGCCACAAGCAGCUGAUAAGCACAUUAGUUGAAAGUUUACGUCCGGAGGAAUAUGAGAUUUACACUCUGCCGGCCAAGAAAUGGCACUGGCGGGCACGGAGUUCGGCGCUUUACUUCUCCCAGGUCAUACCACAGGAUCAUAGCUACCGGGUUUUAUUCACCAGUUCCGUGCUCAGUCUGGCCGAGUUGAUCGGCAUCCGGCCGGACCUGGCCACGUGCCGGAAGAUUGUUUACUUUCAUGAGAACCAACUCAUCUAUCCAGUGCGGGAAGUCAAGGAGCGAGACUGUCAGUAUGGACUGAAUGAAAUCCUCACCUGCCUGGCAGCCGACUUGGUGCUUUUCAACUCCAACUUUAAUCGAACCUCGUUUCUGGACAAUGUUAAGCCCUUCCUCAACAUCCAGCCCGAUUUCCGGGUGAAAAACAUACGGGAGAAGAUUGAAAGUAAAUGCGAAGUUUUGUAUUUUCCCAUUAACUUUAAAGUCUUCCCUGAUCAGCGACCUGUUGAGGAUUCCACAAACAUCAAAGACGCCCUGCAUCUGGUCUGGCCCCAUCGCUGGGAGCAUGACAAGAAUCCAGAACUCCUGGUCUCGGUGUUGCUGGAGCUGGUCAACCGCCAAGCUAACUUUCAUGUUACCAUCUGUGGUGAGAGCUACCAGGAAGUUCCCCAGGCCUUCGAAAGCAUAAAAGAAAAGUUGGGUGACCGACUGAUUAACUUUGGCCACCUAACCCGUGAUGAAUAUGUGAGGACCCUGCUCACAGGCGACAUUGUGAUAUCCACCGCCAUACAUGAGUUUUACGGAGUAGCCAUGCUGGAGGCGGCUUACUGCGGUUGCUAUCCACUAGCCCCCAAUAAGUUGGUCUAUCCGGAAAUCUAUCCCAAAGAAAAUCUCUUCAACACAACGAACUCCUUGGUUAAGAUGCUUUCCAACUGGUGCCGGAACCCCAGUGCUUUUCGAAGGAUUCGUGAUAAAUUCCGGAAGGAGUUCGAUUUUGAAAAGUUUUCGGCGCAAUUUUUGGUUCCCAGAUAUUUUGAGAAAAUGAACGUUGAAGAGUUGCGACCAGAAGAACUAAGAUAA